CAUACCAUCAGUUGGCGUAUGAUAACAAUAAACAACCCUGGAACAAGAGAUACGCACCAGCAGGACUUGUCGCUUCAAUUCGACACCUACCUACCGAAAAUAUGAGCCGAGACAGCUGCGGACUUUUUGCGUAACGUCUUGUCAAGUACCGUGUGGCUCUUAACGGUCCUGACACAAAGGAUUUUCGAGUUUUUGUGUCAGCCUUAGGGGAGAAGUAGAGUUACGGUUUGCCCCUUCCUUAGCCCCCUGUAGCUAGCUCUGGCUCAUUCCUUGUGUUUGCUCACUUUGUGUUAGUCUGUUAUGCAGUUGCCAGAGGACUGUAGUCGUAUUCGUUCUCCUCCGCCAGCUCUUCGCUCCCUUUCCCCGUUCUCUUUGGCCCUAUGUCUCGCUGGCUUUUCCCCUGGUCAGGCUCAAUCAAGAAGCGGGCCUGUCGGUACCUUUUACAACACUACCUCGGUCACUUUUUGCAGGAACGACUGAGCUUAGACCAACUGGGCUUGGACUUGUACAAUGGCAGUGGUGUUAUCAAGGAUAUCAACCUCGAUGUCUGGGCGGUCAAUGAGCUGUUGGAGUCUCUCGGGGCUCCCCUGGAGAUAGUGGACGGCUUUGUGAGCAGCAUAAAAGUGACCAUCCCAUGGCAAGCUCUGCUCACUGAUCACUGCACCUUAGAAGUAUCUGGUCUACAGAUAACAUGUCGACCCAAGUACAGGACAAGUGGGGGUUGGGACUCACAAGGGUGGUCAUCAAGCAUGACCUCCAGCAUGCAGCUGGCUCAGGAGUGCCUGAAGGACCCCCCAGAGGCGUCCGAGGAGCCACCAGCCCCUUUGGAGGGGCUUGAGAUGUUUGCACAAACCAUUGAGACGGUCCUUCGUCGUAUAAAAGUCACCUUUUUAGACACUAUUGUACGCAUUGAGCACCAGCCCCUGGACCUGGAAACAGGCGUUGCCUUAGAGGUGCACAUCAAACGGCUGGAGUACUUUGAUGAGGCGGUGCGGGAUCCAGCCAGCCAGACUGCCGUGCCUGUCGACAUCCACCAGCCGCCUGCCUUCCUGCACAAGAUCCUCCAGCUGAGCUCCGUUCAACUGUUUUACGACAGCACUGGCAUAGUGCAGGGUCAUCCUGAGGAACGCCCAGAUUCAGCCACAGCUGGUGAAGGAGAAGAAGAGGAGGGAGAUGAAGAUGACAAUGAUGAGGACCAGAAAGAGGCGAAGCCCCUGGUACCCCCUGUGUCUCAGCCAUUGCUCAUAGGAAGCUGCUCCGGUUUCAUUGAGACCACAGUCAAGAUCAAACAGAACGACAUGCUCCCUGGACCAAAGUUGGAGUUGGAUGGGAAAGUGGGCUGUGUCCACAUGCUGCUGUCUCCUGAUCAAAUCACCCAUCUGACUGACCUGCUUGCAGCCCUCUGCAUAGACACUGAGCCUGAGAAGUGUGGUGGCGUGCACAGUCGUCCACUGGACUCAGACGACCUGCGUAUGAUUGAGGAGGACCUCAGUAAGCAACUGGGGUCCAGUCCCAGAGAUGAGUGGGAUGAUGAUCCUGACCUGGAACCCUACAUCACUGGUCUGGAGAAUGGAGAAAUGUUUUACUCCAUGGGCCCGGCAGGGAUGAGCAGUAGUGUGACGUCUGUGCGCUCUGGUAGCGAAUUGUCAGACAGUGAUAUGGAGUCUUCGACACACAGUCUAGCCAGCCUCACACAGCCUUCGGUGCUGUCUGCACAGGGCAUGGUGAAUUGUCCCAGAAGAUAUCCUGUAGCAGGCUGUUUGUCAAGUUUGCCACAGGCCAGUGGCAGAACCAGAGGACGUUCACGCAGCAGUCAGGCUGAGCAGCUGAAACCUGAUGCCCUGCUGCGUCUGACCCUCGGUGGGGUCACCCUAACCCUCCUCCAAGAGGACCCGCCCACUAGGCUUGAUGGCUCCUCUUCAUUGGCUCAGGUGUCCCAGGUGUUCUUCAAGGAGUUAGCCUCCUUCAAGGACAGCAUGUUCAGCGACAGAGACUUCCACCAUCUGAGAGGCAGCUUCUCUAAAGCCUGCCCACACUCCCACCUCAGACUGACAGGAGCAGCAGUGCAGGUCACUUGUGAGAUGCGAAGUGGGAGACGCAGUAGUCGUGCAGUGACCUCUGACCUUUCCUUCAGCAAACUGGAACUGUUGGAGAGCCUCUGGGAGAAUGGCAAACCUCAGUACAAUGAGUUGCUUCAGUUCCAGAGAGCUGGUCUGUUCACAAUUGGAGCUGCAGCCAAACCAUGUGCUCAGCUGCACUAUAGCCUCAGUGAAAGACACCUACGUAAGGGUAAACAACGGGUCGUGCGGCGGGACAGUUUAGUGCGGGUGGAACUGGCAGAGUUGAGUGCAGAGUUGGACCUGGACAUCCUCAGUCGCCUAGGCAACCUGAGCAGAGCCUUCAGCCACUGUCCUACACAAACCCCCGGACCUGGAUCUACACAGACCCAGAGCAGUGAGCUGUUCUCCUCCUUCUCCCUCAUCUCCCCUCAUGCGGUCCUCAGGCUUCGUUUCCCCAUUCCAGACCUACGGCCACUGUCUAAGCGUCGGCCCCCAACCCAGAGGGCCGUGCGGCAGGAGACUUUGGUGCUGGAACUAACAGAACUGGAGUUGAAGCACCAGGAAGCGCCAGACCUUCAGGGAGACCAGGUCACUCCGGGACAACCCUGGGCUCCCUGCCUCACCCAGCUGCUAGAGGCCUCCUUCACUGACCUGCAUGGCUCAUAUGAGGGCUGGGAGGGAGGAUCCUUCCCCUGUAUCAGAGUGAAGAAGAACCGGGACUCUUUGCCCAGGAUAUCAGUACGUGUGCGUGGUGGUGAGGCCCAAGGCCCAGCAGCAAGUCUGGGUGGGAUGAACCUGGGCCUCGUCAGAGACCUGGGAGCUGCCUUUUUUGAAAGUCACUGUGAACUUCAAGACAAUACCAGCUCCCCAUUCUCCUCCAACCGGACCAUGUUUGAAACAGAAGAGAUGGUGAUUCCAGCAGACCCAGAGGAGAUGCGUCAGUUUCAGGUGCAGUGCAUUGCUCACUGUCAUUGUGCAGUAGACAUCAGUCUGCCACUGGCCUACAUCCUGCUGCCGAGUAAACAAGCCUUCCAGAGCAUCUACAAUAGGAUCAAUAAUGAUCUGUUGAUGUGGGAGCCACCUCCCCCUCCUCCCCCCUCAGAUCACAGCCCUGCACAUGGGUGCCAUGAUGAGUUCCAGCUCUGCAAGUCAGCCUUUAGACUUGAUUCAGACUCUGAGGAAGAGGAGCCUCAGUUCUACUUGGCCAGUGAAUCUUCUGGAAAGUCAGUGUUAGCUCCCCGUCCCAGCCACAAUCUCAGCCUCCUCUCUCUCACAGUGAUCAUCACCAAAGGUCGUCUCCAGGCAAGGACAGAUGAAAAGGAGGAGCAGAGUCAUGGGGAAAUUGUGCUUGACCUUGAAGGGGGCAAGAUAUUCAGUGUAGCACAGCAUCAGAAUGACCCUAACCUCAAUUACCUGUGUCUGGAGAGCAGGCGAGUGGAGCUCUACCAUCGAGCUGUGGUAAAAACUACCCCGAUCCCACAGCGGCUGGAGAUGCCCAAUUUCACAGCCCCAAAGCAUUUGGACCCCACUAUCUACCCCACUGAGGUGGGUGUGAGCAGUGUAAGUGGCAGAGAGGGGGAGCCACAGAUGUUGUCCACAGCGAUCAAAAUCACACUCGACCUCCAGAGGAAUGUGAAGGAGUUCCUGGUUGCCCUCCGACUACAAGGUGCCACCAUGAGGCAUUACAUGACGCAGACCAAUCAGAGCUGGCACGAGCAGCUGGUUGACUUUCUGGAUGUCAUCGAUGACCCUAUCUUGGGAUACACAGCACCUGCCGUCAUCACUGUCCUCCAUACACACCUUGCUACCUGUGCCGUUGACUACAGACCUCUGUAUCUCCCACUGCGAGUGUUGUUCACUGCAGAGUCCUUCUCUCUGUCCAGUAAUAUCAUUGUCGACACUGCCACCUUUCACCUCAGAUUCAUCUUAGAUGAUUCUGCUCUCUACCUCUCUGAUAAAUGUGAGUCCGACACCGUGGACCUGAGGAGAGACUAUGUGUGUGUUCUGGACAUUGACCUGCUAGAGCUCGCCAUCACCACAUGGAAAGGCAGUGAUACAGGCAAACUGUCUCAGCCGCUCUUUGAGCUCCGCUGCUCCAACAAUGUGGUUCAUCUUCACACCUGUGCUGAUUCCUGCGCCGCCCUGGUCAAUCUGCUGCAGUAUCUGGUCUCUCAGGGCGACCUGCACCCCCCGCCACGACACGCCUCGCCCACUGAAAUUGCUGGGCAAAAACUCCCGCUGUCUGAAAGUCCUGCGUCUGUGCUGCCCUGCCCUCCCGCUGAAACCGCUGAGAUCAACCAGUACGAUCUGGCUGAUGCCUUAAUCGACACAGAGAAGAGCCACAGAGAGGAGACUUUAGAUCCAGGUUCUCCUUCCAUGCCACGAGGCUCUCCCGUGUCCGUGUACUUGUUUCCUGGUGAAGCCUCUAAGCGCAACGCCUCCGUCCCACAGAGUGACGACUCUGAGCUCGAUGGACUGGUUGCUACAGCAACAGAGGCCCUGGCGGAAACCAUGUCGGAUGAAGGCUCAGAGGGCUCCACUGACAACGACGACUUCUGCAUUCUGGAGGCUCCUGGCAUGGGCAUUCCUCCCAGAGAUGGGGAGCCCGUGGUGACGGUGCUGGCACAGGGGCCAAUCCGAGUUAAAGACAGUCACUUCUCCAGGCCAAGAGGCAGCUCAGACCUGCUCCGAGCCCCCAGCCGCUUCCCUGUGCCCCAAAGCAGAGUGGUGCUGCGGGAGAUCUCUGUGGUCUGGCAUCUGUAUGGGGGCAAGGACUUUGGUGGCAAGCCCAUGUCUAUACACGCCCAACAUGCAAACAGAGGUCGCUCAGUCCCUGCCGGUGUUCGUGGCUCCCCGUCCCGCUCUGUGGCUUCAUCUCGUCCUCAGAAUUCCUGGCGCUGGGCUGGAGGCAGUGGCCGUCAGCACACUCUGCUAAUGGAGAUCCAGCUCACCAAGGUCUCCUUCCAGCAUGAGUCCUACCUUGUAGUGGUAGCAGGGCAGGAUGGUGAUGGGUCAGUGGCUGCUGGUGUUGGAGUUGGCCCUGGUGGCGAGCAGCCACUCUCCAGACAAGUGUUUAUUGUCCAGGAGCUGGAGGUCCGAGACCGUCUGGCCUCUUCACAAAUUAACAAAUUCCUCUACCUCUACACCAGUGAGAGUAUGCCACGUCGAGCCCACUCUAACAUGCUGACAGUGAAGGCCCUGCAGGUGUGUCCAGAGUCUGGUCUUGGUGGUCCAGAGUGCUGUCUCAGAGUCAGCCUGCUGCCUUUAAGACUAAACAUCGAUCAGGAUGCACUGUUUUUCCUGAAGGACUUUUUCAGUAAUUUAGCUUCCUCCGUUAACCCUUACCUGCCCGUGGACCCUGCAUCUGAAGUGAAAGCAGACCCCUCCCAGAAAGUGUCUGAGGAGUUGGAGUCAGCAGGUGGUCUGGGACCCGACCUCACAGCUUCAGUGGAAACGACCUACAGUGAGCAGAGCUCCUCCUCCGCAGGCUCCUCCUCCUCCUCCGACCAGCCCAUCUACUUUCGGGAGUUCCGUUUCACCUCUGAAGUGCCUAUCUGGCUGGACUACCACGGCAAGCAUGUUGUCAUUGAACAGGGAACAUUUGCAGGGAUUUUAAUCGGCUUGGCACAGUUGAAUUGUUCUGAGUUGAAGCUAAAGAGGCUCUGCUGCAGACAUGGUCUCCUUGGCGUGGACAAAGUGAUCCAGUAUGCCGUCACAGAAUGGCUGACAGACAUAAGGAAGAAUCAGCUGCCGGGCAUUCUGGGAGGUGUAGGCCCUAUGCACUCUGUUGUGCAGCUGUUCCACGGUGUGAGGGACCUGUUCUGGUUGCCCAUAGAGCAGUAUAGGAAAGAUGGACGCAUUAUCCGAGGUCUCCAGAGGGGGGCAGCAUCUUUUGGCACGUCUACAGCAUCAGCUGCUCUGGAGCUCAGCAACAGGCUGGUUCAAGCCAUCCAGGCUACAGCAGAGACAGUGUAUGACAUCCUGUCUCCCACUCCUCCCCUGAAUCGCUUUGCCAUCACUGAGGGCCGGGCCCCCACCAGUCGGCCCCGCAGAGCUGCCCAGCCUGCAGACCUCAGAGAGGGAGUGGCCAAGGCUUACGAUACCGUCAGAGAAGGGGUGAUUGACACAGCUCAGACUCUGUGCGAUGUAGCAUCACGUGGCCAUGAACAGAAGGGUCUCCCUGGUGCUGUGGGCGGCGUCCUUCGGCAGAUUCCGCCCACCGUUGUCCGACCCUUAAUAGUAGCCUCCGAAGCCACUUCCAAUCUGCUCGGUGGCAUGAGGAACCAGAUCAAACCAGACGCGCGGAAGGAAGAUUUCCUGAAGUGGCGCACAGAAGACGGCCAAGAAUGAUGACAACUUUUCUGUGUGUGUGUAUGUGUGUGAAAGAAAGUGUGUAUGUCUUUGUGAUUUCUGAAAGUCUCAGUGAAGGGAGCGAGUCCUAGGUUUGGAUGUAUAUUUGCAUGUGUGUGUAUGGACUAAGGAGCGUCAGUGUGUUUUCCGAUGCAAAAACAGAGCAACAACUAACUAUGACUGCAGUGACUCACAUCCAGUGUUUAACACAGCUCCAUUAUUCAUGGAGAAAAAAAAUACACAUUAAAUCCUAUUGUUUGCAUUCAUCAGCUCCUCUUUUCCCUCCCUGCAGUAAAACACUACUCUGCAGAUUCUCCUAAAUGUCUCUUCAGUGUGCAAACAUAUCGCUAUUACACUCACCCAGCUUCAUUUGCAAAACCAACCAAGGGCAAAUUGGAUUAUCACUCUGAAGGUUUCUUUGCUUAUAGGACAAAAAUGGAUCACAUUAACUUCAUGGACUUUGAAUUGUGGCGCUUAAAGCUGCUUUUAUUUUGAUUCAAAGUGAGAUUUAUAGUAAAAUUUCACUUGCUUCUGAGGUGCAUCGGGAAGGGAAAGUGUCUUAAAAGAGCCACAUUUCAAGAAGCAUUUAUAUUAAGAAGUUUAUUGUGAAAUUAUCAUGUGUCUGCUGCUUGUGGCCUUUAAAAGACCUUUUUCCACCAUAAAAUCCCUUCUCAAAUUGUUAUGAUGUACUCCCAUCACUAAACAGCACCACUAGAAUGUGUUCCAGACACAUUGAAGCAUCAGUUUUACUUCCUUGUGUGAAUUAGUGAGUGUGUUGAACCCAGAUCAGUUGUUAGGUCUGUUUUAUGCUGAUGCUCCUGGUGAGGACUGUUUAAGUGAAGUGUUUUAGUGUCUCUGGGAGAUGGUUUUCACCCCGACUGCGUAACAUGAUGAAUCCAGGUUUGGCCGCUCUAUGCAUCUGCACCCCUCAGUCCUGUUAUUUGUGCCAUAAACCUUGCAGAGUGCCCUUUUCAACUAGCUUGUGUUGCCUUCCUAAGUCCUGGACCCUUCCUAUUGGCUCAGUGAAUAUCCAGACUGAAAACAGACAUAUAGCGACUUAACUCUGUAGCACAUUGGAUAUUUUUUCAAAGCUUCAUGAGCUGAACUGAAACGAUCUGUACUUUCCAGAAAAUUGUCUUUUACAACACAUCACAACUCAUUUGUGGCUCUGUUUCCAUGAAAAGGUGGAGACAUGUCUGGGAUCUGAAACGCUUUGCCCUUGUCUUUAGUUGCCUUCCUGCAUUUUUUUUAAUGUUUCUUUGUUUUUUUAAAUUUUGUUUAACAUAAGUAUUGUCAUAUUUGUUUUCAACAUAAGAGUGUACACGAUGUGAAUCUAGUGACAGUGGAGGAGGAGAAAUGGGGUUUGUGGUUUAAAACCAUUUUACAUUUUUAUCUCUUUUUUUUUUUUGUUUAAUAAAUGUAAGGGUUAUAUGUCCACCUGUGUGUGUUUGUGUGAGAAUGAGACGGUGCGUUUGUGUGAGCGCAUGAUGCAUGUCUGUGAGGGUAACAAGUCAAAGCUUGUUACACCUCUUGUGUAAUUACGAUUUACUAUAUCAUAAACUGUAUGAAUGACCUGUAUAAUAAAUAAAAAAAAAAGGCAAGGAGUAUACAAAAUUAAUACAAAAAAUAAAAAAAAUUUCUAUAUAAAAACUGAA